AUGGACCGUGCUGGGUCACUGAGACCAGGAGGAGAAUCAAGCUGGUGGGGUAGUGCCCCCCAGUACCAGUAUGUCUCCUUUGAGCACUGCACUAGUUAUGGCCUGCCCUCUGAGAACGGGAUCCAUGAGCACAGACCUCAGGGGAAUACAGGCCCCCGGCCUAACAUUCAUCCUACACAGCUCUAUGGCCACCACCCGGAACAACCCUUGGAAAAGAACAUGGCAGGUCCCAGGCAGAAGGCCCCCAGCUCUGCCAUGGACAGCAGUGAGGAAGAUCACCAUUCCAAAUGCCAAGACUGUGCCCAUCGAAUGGGACAAAUUGUGCGAAGGAAAUUGGGAGAGGACUGGAUCUUCCUGGUAUUGCUGGGAUUGGUUAUGGCGCUGGUUAGCUGGAGUAUGGACUAUGUCAGUGCCAAGAGUCUGCAGGCCUACAAGUGGACAUACUACCAGAUGAAGCCCAACCUUGCCCUUCAGUUCCUGGCCUGGGUCACGUUCCCACUCACCCUCAUCCUCUUCAGUGCCCUCUUUUGCCACCUCAUUGCCCCACAGGCUGUUGGCUCUGGGAUCCCUGAGAUGAAGACCAUUCUUCGUGGGGUAGUUCUAAAGGAAUAUCUCACUCUCAAGGCCUUUGUGGCCAAAGUCAUUGCACUGACUGCUGGUCUAGGAAGCGGCAUCCCCGUGGGCAAAGAGGGCCCAUUUGUGCACAUUGCCAGCAUCUGUGCUGCUGUUCUAAGCAAGUUCAUGUCUAUGUUCUGUGGCGUGUAUGAGCAGCCAUACUAUUACGCUGAUAUCCUGACGGUGGGCUGUGCCGUGGGAGUUGGCUGUUGCUUUGGGACACCACUUGGAGGAGUGCUGUUUAGCAUUGAAGUUACUUCCACCUAUUUUGCUGUUCGGAAUUACUGGCGAGGAUUCUUUGCCGCUACAUUCAGUGCCUUUGUCUUCCGUGUCCUGGCAGUGUGGAACAAAGAUGCUGUUACCAUCACAGCCCUGUUCAGAACCAACUUCCGAAUGGAUUUUCCCUUUGACCUACAAGAGCUUCCUGCUUUUGCCAUCAUUGGGAUCUGCUGUGGGUUCUUGGGUGCUGUGUUUGUCUAUCUGCAUCGACAGGUUAUGCUGGGAGUCCGAAGGCAUAAGGCUCUCAGCCAGUUCCUUGCUAAGCACCGCCUACUGUACCCAGGGAUUGUCACUUUCAUCAUUGCCUCAUUUACCUUCCCCCCGGGAAUGGGCCAGUUCAUGGCUGGAGAGCUUAUGCCCCGAGAAGCCAUCAGUUCUUUGUUUGACAAUUACACAUGGGUGAAACAUGCAGGUGACCCCCAGAGCCUGGGCCGCUCAGCUGUUUGGAUCCACCCCCAGGUCAGCGUCAUCAUAGUCAUCUUCUUCUUCUUUAUCAUGAAGUUCUGGAUGUCCAUUGUGGCCACUACUAUGCCCAUCCCCUGUGGGGGCUUCAUGCCUGUGUUUGUGCUGGGGGCAGCAUUUGGGCGACUGGUUGGAGAAAUCAUGGCCAUGCUCUUCCCAGAUGGGAUCCUAUUCGAUGGGAUCAUCUAUAAGAUUCUUCCUGGGGGCUAUGCAGUAAUUGGGGCGGCAGCACUCACUGGUGCAGUGUCUCACACGGUUUCUACAGCAGUAAUCUGCUUUGAGCUGACUGGCCAGAUUGCCCACAUCUUGCCCAUGAUGGUGGCUGUGAUCCUUGCCAACAUGGUAGCCCAAAGCCUACAGCCCUCACUUUAUGACAGCAUCAUCCAGGUCAAGAAGCUUCCAUAUUUGCCUGACUUGGGCUGGAGCCAGCUCAGCAAAUACACAAUCUUUGUUGAGGAUAUUAUGGUACGUGAAGUGAAGUUCAUUUCAGCCUCCUGCACUUACCGGGACUUGCAAGCCCUGCUUCAGGCCACUACUGUCAAGACCUUACCCUUAGUAGACUCCACAGACUCGAUGAUCUUGCUGGGCUCAGUGGAGCGAUCAGAGCUGCAGUCCCUACUUCAGCGUCACUUGAGCCCUGAGCGGAGAUUGCGGGAAGCCCAAGAGAUGGCAAGAAAGUUGGCAGAACUGCCCUUCACUGGGCAGGUGAAGCAGGCGGGUCAGGAAUUCCCCAGGAACUCUUCAGCACAGGGCCGGCCACAGUCCUUCGCCUUUGUGGAUGAGGAGGAGGAGGAGGACAUCAGCGGAAGGACAGAGCUUCCUCCUUCUCCUCACACUUUAACUGCUCCUUUGCCCUCUGAGGAACCCAAUGGGCCUUUGCCCCACCAUAAGCUUCAACCAGAAGCACAGGAUACUGCGGGCCGAAGGUUUCCCUUCCUACGGUCUCUGCUUCGCUGCAUACUGGGAAAUGGCUUCCACACCAAGAAGAGGACGCCACAGGAAACCAUCAAUUUAGUGGACAACAUGCCACCUGAGGAGAUUGAGGCCUGGGAGCAGGAGCAGCUGAACCAACCUGUCUGCUUUGAUUACUGCUGCAUAGACCCCUCUCCCUUCCAGUUGGUGGAGCGGACCUCCCUGCACAAAACUCAUACGCUGUUCUCACUACUUGGCCUCCAUCUUGCCUAUGUGACCAGCAUGGGGAAACUCCGGGGUGUACUAGCUUUGGAAGAGUUACAGAAAGCCAUUGAAGGGCACACCAAGUCAGGAGUCCAGCUUCGACCCCCCCUUGCCAGUUUCCGGAAUACUACUACUACCCGAAAGACCCCAGAGGGGCCGCUCCCACCCUCUGAUGGUUGGAGCCUUCCAGAAGACAGCACUAGGGGUGAUGAGAUAGAGGGUAUGAUGGUUCCAGCCUAUCCUGAAACUCCAGAGUCACCCUCCCCUAUCCCCCCUGCUUCCCUGGCCCCACCCCCUGCAGAGGGGGAGCUAGAGGAGCUGGAGCUAGGGGGAACCUCUGGGCCGGAAGAGGACCUGGCUGACAUUUUACAAGGCCCCAGCCUUCGAUCCACUGAUGAAGAGGAUGAGGAUGAACUUACCCUUUGAUACCUACCCCAGUUACCUCCCCAUU